CCCGCGAUGGAGGACAAGGACCGACGGAGGAAGCUGGAGGCCGGCAGAGCCAAGCUUGCUCACUUCAGACAACGAAAAACAAAAAGUGAGAACACGCAGUCGCAGAAGAAGGCGGCGAAGAGGAAGGGUUCGUCUAUCCACACGCAUGACGUUCCAAAGGAAGAGUGCACGUUAGUGGCCCAGGUCUCUGAUUUUCUCUCAGACCUUGGUAUGAAUAUGGAGAGUCAGACUGAAGACCCUGACGUAUCAGAGGCAAGCUUUGAAGCUAAGGGUGAUUCUGACCUUCCUGAUCCAGACGUAUUGGACAAUCAUGGUGUUGAAGAGCUACAGACUGCUGUUCAGGAACGGAACAAAAUAAUAACUCAGCUAACAAGUAACCUUCAACAGGCACAGCAGAAUCAGGAUGACAUUCAGGAAGAGACAUCACUCCUAACGGAUCAGAUCCAUAGUUUACAGCUUCAGUUGCUUGAGGCUAAUUUGCUGCUGAAAAAUAAAAUUCCUGGCAAAAAUGAAUUGGCACAAGCCCAGCAGCAGAUGGCUGCGUUUCAGAACAGACUCAAAGAGCUAAGUGAACAACUGCAGAUAGUUCAUCAAAAAGCACAUGACCUGGAAGUAAAGUUGGAGUCUUCUCAAAAGAAUACCAAAGUUAAAGAGAAUUCGCUUGCUCAGAUGGAAGAGAAUCUGAAAAGCACAAUACAGCAACUGCACAAAAAUAUAGAAGAAAAAGAAGAAACUAUUAUAAGGCUGCAAGAUACUGUGACAUCAGAAAAGGCUAGUUUAUCUGUGUUAAAAAAUACACUUUCGUUGCGGGACACAGAAAUAAUAGAGUUAAAAAAUGAAAUGGCUUCAGCCAAGAUGAAAGAAAAAGAAUACGUUAAAAAACUGAAAAUGGAUCACAACAAUGAUAUUUGUAGGCAGUUACAAGAAUUGAGAGCAGAGCUGGAAGAGAGUCACAGAAAAGAAAUUUUAAGAUUAAAAGAGGUAUGUGAAGAAGAAAUUAAUUCAAAAUAUGAAAAUGAAUUUGAGCAGAUAAAAAGAGAACUCUCUGCUAUGACCGCUGAUGCAGAUAUUCAGAAGUUAAAUUCUGUAAUUAUUGAUUUAAAUAAUCAACUGCAUGAGUCCGAAAGUCAGAGAGACAAUUUGAGCAAAAAACUGAAAAAUCAAAUGUUGGAUUUUCAGAGAGAGAGAUGUGAAAUUGAGCUGAAGUAUAAGGAUUUGAUAGAUGACCUCAAAUUACAGCUUAGUAGUGCAGACAAACAGAUUAAGGAAGCAUAUGAAUGUAAACAAGAAAAGGAGCACUUGAAUGAAGAGAUCCACAAACUCAACUCCUUCAUCCAGGAAUUAAACGAAAAGCUGCUUUUAGAGAUGGAAACCAACACAAACUUAAGGCAGAAGCAUGAUGAAGAAAGAACUAUCUACUGUAUGAAGUUAAAGAAAUUGGAGCAGGAAGAAAAGUUGUUACAGGUGUCACAAGCACAGGAAGCAGAGCUUGAAAAGAUGCAGAGUAAACUAUGCCAACAUGAAGGUGAAAUACAGUUAGUUCCUGAAGAGCUAGAAUUUCCACAUGGCCUACAAGUAGGUGCUUUUAAAAAUGAAUUAGAAAACUUUAAGAAAAAUCUAGAAAAGGUCAAAGCCAGAAAGGACAAUGAAAGCUUUGAAGCUGAUAACCUCUCUGAAGAACAUAUCGGAGAAUUAGGAUCUUUCACUGGGGAUGAAGAUAUAUUGGCUAAAUAUCUUGUUUCUACUGAGAGACAGGAGCAUUCAGGUGUAUCUAAUGACUCUGAACUUUUUGAAAUUGAAGAGAGUAGGUUUGAACUGGAUAGCAACAUCUUUUUAGAACCCAAUGUGAACUCUAGAGCAGAUACAUUGUCAUUUGGCCCUGACAAACAAAUGUGUUCUUAUAACUUAUUACAUGCGACUUCUGAGGACGCUGAGCUAGAGGCUAAGGCUUUUGCUUCAUUUUUGUCAGACAGCUCUUUGCCACAAGACAAAAUAGAUGAUGGCAAUGAGGAAAAGGAUGAAGAGAAAGCUCAGUUAAUAGAGAGAUGUGUUGAGCUAAUUAAACAGCUCCGUGAAAAAGAGUUGGCAUUGAACAAAUCCAAUCAGGAAACUCAGGAAGCCAUUGAAAAAUGGGAAAAAACAAAAAUGGAUCUUUCUUUUACACACUUAGAACUGGAGAAGGAGCGUGAAGCACGGCUUUGCUGUGAAAAAGAACUUGAUCAAAAAAUGAAGGAAAAAGAACUUGAAAACAAAUUAAACUUUCUAGAAAAACAGAGUGAAGACAGAGAUAUAAUAGUUCGUGUGGAAGAAUUAGGGUUUGUAACACAGGCUUCGAAGUCACUUACCUGGCAGGAAAUGGUAGAAGACCUCAAACAGGAAAAAGAAACAUUAAUAAUGCAAUUGAGAGCUCAGGAACAAUUGGUGAAAGAAGUACAAGAACAGAAAACAGCCUCUGAUUCCGUGACAAGUGAAGUACAGUCCCUUUUUGGACGGCAGCUUGCUGUUUUGCAACACCAGAGGGAUCAGAUGCAAACCCAACUUGAUGCCCAGAAGGCCAAAAACCAGACAAUUGCUGAACUGCUUGGUCAAAAAGCCAUAACAGAAGAGACAUUACUGAAAGAGCAGGACACUCUUAAAACUGAAAUCAGUCAUAAAGAACAAAGUUUAACAGAUUUACUUAAGGAGAAAACUAUCUUAGAAGAAAGAUUGUUUGCUGCAGGACAGGAGCUAAUAAACGCAGAAAAGGCUUUGGAAGAGAGUGCUAAUAACCUAAAGAAUCUUGAAACAAAUGUAUGUAAACUUAAUAUGAAAAUUAGAAACCUUGAAAAAGCCCAAGACUGUGAAAGAUUGGAGUAUGAAGAGAAAUUAAUAUCCAGUAAAUUGGAAAUUCAACAACUUAAUGCUGAACUAGAGGUAAAAAAUACAGAAUACAUUCAGAAAGAGAAAAACCUGACUGAUGAAAUGGCAUAUUUGAAAAAUUGUCAUUUGGACCAGGAAACUUGCCUGCAGGAGGCUUUGCAGAAGUCUGAACAGGCCACUCAGGAGGUGCAGUCUGAGAUGAGGAAACACUAUGAAGAGGAAAUUAGUAAAAUAGAGUCUCAGCAUCUUUCUGAAACAACAAAUCUGAGUCUGGCACAUCAGAAAGAGAUAGAAAAGUUAUAUGCAGAAAUAAGAGAGAAAGUGGAAAAGCAGCAGAAAUUGGAGGAAGAACGAAAAGAGCAAAUUGCAUUAAUUAAAAAGGUUCAUGAACGGGAACAUGAUCGUGAAAUUGCUGAACUCAUUGCUAAACAUGAUAGCGAAAUGAAAGCGCUACGGGCUAUGUUAUCUGAGGAACAGCAACAAGUAUUGGAUGAACUUCAGCAACAAAUGGAAGCCGGACAUCAAGUAGAAAUUCAGCAUGCUCAGCUCCAGUCACAGACACUGCACAGUCUUGAACUGGAAGCUUUAAGACUAAGUUUAAGCAAUAUGCACACAUCCCAGCUGGAGCUGACUCAGUCUAACUUGAGAAAGGAGAAGGAGACUGCCCUUGUGGAACUACGGGAGAUGCUCAAUGAUAAGCGUGCUCAGGAGAUAGCGAUUCUGCAGAGCCGACAUCAGUUUGAAUUGGAGCAUAUUAAAGAGCACCAUCAGAAGGAAAAAGAAGAAAUUGAACUGAAACAUCAAGAUGAACUAGUUGACCUGAGGAAGAAUGUAGAGUUGGAAAUGGAAGAGAAACACAAUCAAACAUUGGAGACCCUUAAAGGAGACUGGGCAGUGGAGGCAGAAAUGCGUUUAAAAAUGGUGUGUGAAGAGCUAUCUGAAAAACAUCAGACUGAAUUGGAUGAACUGCAAAAAGCUCUGAAAGCAGAAUUACAUAAAGUCAAAGAAGAGCUGAAGAGUCUGUCUCUUGAAAAAGAUCAGGUUGAAACAAAAUAUAAAGAUCUGGAGAACCAGCAUGAACUGGCUAUUAUAAAACUACGUGAGCAGAUUCAGACUGAGUGUGACCAGUGCCUAGAAGACAUGAAAAGGAAAAGCAGUGAAAGAGAACAGGAGAUUCAGCAGCAGCUGGAGAAACUGCAGGCUACACACAAAGAACUAAAGGUUCAAUCACAACAAGAAAUCAAGCAGCUUUGGUCUCAACUGGAUAGCACACGAGCAAGUCGACAGGAACUAAGUGAGCUAAAAGAACAGCUCCUGGCUCGUACAUCACAUGUGGAAGAAAUAGAACGCUUAAAGCAUGAAUUUGAACAGCACCAGCAGCAACAAAGAAGUGAACAUGAAACUGAAUUGGAACAACUGAGAAUUUAUUUUGAAAAGAAAUUAAGGGCUGCUGAAGAGAAUUACAGAGAAGAAUUAACACUGCUGCAUCAGAGACUGCAAGAAGUGAAAGAAUAUUCUUUGAUGGAGUCAGAAACAAGCCAAGAUCAACUUAUAGAUAUCAGCUCCUCUAUUACAUCUUUAGAAGAAGCAACUGAAAAAGAGAGAAGAGAUGUGUUUUGCCAGCUAAAUCAGCAACUAGAGCAACACAAGGAAGAACUUACUUGUUUGCGAUUGCAGUUGGAUGAACAACAUACAAAUGAUCUACAUUCUUUAAGAUCUUCCCUCACACUGCAGUAUAAGGAGGAUCUGCUGAAAAUGAAAAUGGAUCUCUCAGACAGAUAUAUCUCAGAAAUUGAGGAAUUGAAGAAGAAGCACUGUUUAGAUCUUGAACAGCUCCGUGCCAAGCUUUCAGAAGAGCAUAUCAAAGAAAUAACCAAGCUACGUUUGCAGAGUGCUCAAGAUGCAGCACGACAGGUUGAAGCAGAGGUGGCUGAACGAGUAUCUGUGCUGGAGAAAGAGCAAAACAAUAAACUCUCACUCCUUCAGUCUGAGAAGCAGUACAUUGAAGAACUACAGGAAGAAAGACAGCGUUUAAAGAAAGAGAUUAGUGAACUAAAACACAUUGGUAUGCAGCAUGAAAUGCAUCUGAAAGAUGAGAUGGAGAAGGUGAAAUGUAAACUUUUGGAGGAUCAUAAUAAUGAAUUAAAAAAAGCUAAAGAGGAGAUCCAGAAAAUGGAGAAGAUGCACAAAGAAAAGGAGGAAGAAUGGAAGUGUGGAAGUGAGCUGCUGCAGGUAAAAACAGAAGAGAAGUUGUCAUUGAUGUGUAGAGAGCUUGAAGACAAAGCAGAAUGUGAGAGGCUUGCUUUACAAAAGGAGUUUGAACUUCGUGAAGCUGAAAUGAACCUCCUUCGAGAUCAGCAGGCUGCUAGAAUUGUAGAACUGGAGAAGUCCCUAAAGGAGCAACAGAACAGUUUGCGGCAGCUAGAGGACAGUCUUGCAAAUGUACAGGCUACUCAUAAAUCUCAGGCGGAGUAUGACAGCGAACUGCAAGCUGCUAAGGCACUCAUGGCAAAAGAGCUGGAAAAAGCCACUUUGGAUCUUCAAGAGAAAUGUGCAGCUAAACUUACUGAAGCACAGAACAAAUUUAUGGAGGAACACAAAGCUAUGACUCAAACAUUCACAACAGAGCAAGAGAUUCUCCUCCAAGAGUUGAAGGGGAAACACAUAAAUGAGCUAGAACUCCAAAGUCAGCAAUUACAGGAGAAGCAUAAGCAACAGAUUUUAUCCCUCACAGCUGAGCUGCAGACAAAGCACCAAACUGAAAUUGAGGCCCUUAAAUCUACAUUACAAAGCAAACAGCAGGCUCUGCUUGAAGCUCAUGUAGCUGAGCUGCAAACAAAGCAUCAAGCACAAAUUGAUGAGUUGGAGGCUAAACACUUGUCUAAUCUGGAUUCUUUGGAGUCUUCAUACCUUUCUGAAAUUCAGAACAUAAGAGAUGAGCACAAGAAAACUCUUGAGGAACUACAGGUGAACCACAGAGAACAGCUGCAUCAGAAGGAUAAGGAGAAUCAAGUGCUCUUAGCUGAGGAGAAAGAGAGGUUGAAAUUAAAGCAUUCUGAAGAGCUGCACCUUUCCCACGAAAAUCUGAAAAUUGAACUGGCUACUCUUCAUAUAGAAAAACUUAAAGCCAUGGGUGCUGAACUGGAAGAAGUUCAUAAGGAAGAAUUGAACACAGCUCUUCAAAAUCAAAGAUGUUUGUUGGAGGAAGAAAAUCGUAAAGCUUUGGAUGUAUUACAUAAAGAAGUACUGAUUAUGGAAGAACAUCAUAAAAAGGCAUUGCAGGAACUUCAGGAUCUCCAUGUUGCAGAAAUUCAGAAACAGAAAGAGGAAUAUUCCCAGCAGCUGAUGAAAGAGCUUGAAAAGCUAAAAGUACAGCAUGAACAUGAACAGGAGAUGUAUGCCUCUGCUUCUGCCUCUGAAGUGCAAACUGUGAGGACAGCUCUCCUAGCUCAGUUUGAGGAGGCAAAAAUGAAACAGCAGCUUCAGUUCCAGGAGGAGAUUGAACUGCUGAAGUGUCAAUCAGAGGUAUUACUGGAACAGCAGAUUACACAGCUGAAGGAGGAAUUUGAAGCUGAAAAGAAGGCUGCCUUGCAUAACAAAGAAGAUGUGCUGGUACAAGAAGCAGAAGAGGCACGGGUCCUUUGCCAAAAAGAGAGAGAGGCAUUAUCAGUACAGCUCCAAGAAAAGACUAAUAAAAUAAUCCAGUUAGAAAAAAAGGUGCAGUCUUUGAGUAAUGAGACUGAGGAAACUAACUCUGAGCUGGAGACUCUCCUACGGCGGCGGGACAGAGAGAACCAGGAAGGAGAGAACUUAGUAGCUAUGCUGAGAUCUGAUAUUGACCUAUCCCAGAAUGAAAGGCAAAAAAUGCAAGACUCCCACCAGCGACUUUUGAAAUCAUUUAUGGAAACAGUAAAAGCCAUAAUAGCCACAGAAGACCUUAUCUGUAAAAAGAUUGGUAUCUGCCUUGAUGACAGUCUGGCAUCUGGAGAUUCUAGAGAAAGCCGUAGUUUGAUGGAAGAAAUGGGAUUCAUGCAGCACUUCAAAACUAAAGAGAAGCAUGACAUGGAAAAGAGUGAGCUGCUUGAUGUGACUCUUACAGAACACAACCAGGUGUCUGCAGUAACUGAUGAGGGGUCUGAACUGAGCCAGUAUUUAUGUGAAAGCAUUUUUGCGAACCCAGAUCUUGCCUUUGAAAAUGAAGAAAUGAUCCCGAAAUUUUGUCACCGUUUGCGUACUGCUGUCGAAAAACUUCUGGAGUUAGUUACAGAAUCAACUAAACAGUUGGAGAAAACUCAUGAAAUUCAUGCUCAGUUUGAGGAAGAAUUUAGCCGUAGAAAUCAGGAAACUGCCCAAGUGGUUGGUCAGCACCAGGAACUAAUGGAGUGUCUAAAUGAGGAGAGUGAAGCAAAGAAUCAACUGGCACUAAAGCUUCAUAAAGCAGAAGGUAUUAUUGAAGGCUAUGUUGCAGAGAAAGCUGCCCUAGAGGAGGCAUUGAAUCUGAAAGAAGAAUCUGAACGUCGCCUCGUUGUGGAAUUGGAGAACCUGCGUGAACGGUUUCAGGAGCUAACUCAGGAACAGGCAAUACUUGGUUUACUUAAGGAAGUGGAAUUUUUAGCGAAAGAGAAGGUAGAACUGCAGUGCCAGGCAGAGAAGGACUAUUCCAGCUUACGCUCUCAAAUGAGGGUUUUAGAAGUGGAACUUGAAGAACAGAUGAAUCAUAAUCAGGAGCUAGAAAAGAAGUUAUUGGAGGUUGUGGAUCUAAAGCAGCAAAUUCAGGUUCUUGAGAAACAGCUUAAGAAUCAACGACAAUUCAUGGAUGAACAAGCUAUAGAGAGAGAACAUGAACGUGAUGAGUUUCAGCAAGAAAUUCAGAAACUAGAGGAGCAGUUAAAACUGGCAGCAAAAUUGCAGAUGUCUGUAGAGCCCAGGGAACAUGGGAGCUAUGAAUUGUCUCUACAGGUAGAAUCUUUACAAUCUGAAAUAAAAGAGAAAGUGGAUGAUUACAAUAAGCUGCUGCUAGAAAAAGAGCAGAAACAUCAAGAAGUUACAGUUCGAGAUAAAGAAAUGGAGAAGAUGGCAGAACGGAUUAGAGAGAUGGAGCAUACCAAUAUCGAAGUCUCAAAAACUGUCUGCUGUUUGGAGCAAGAACUGCAAAGAAUGAAGAAAAUGGAAACUGAACUAAAACAAGAUAAAGAGGCAUUGCAACAACAGCAAUACAACAACUUGAUCCAGAUCUCCGCCCUACAGUCUAAGUUGGAUGAAGCCAGGCACAGAGUACCCACAGAAGGCAAUACAGAUCAUGUCCUUAAGGAACAAUUAGAGGCAGAAAAGGAAGCACUCUUGACGAAAGAAAGACAGGUAGUAAGUUUGUUACAGCAAGUGGAAGAAUUUAAAGAGAACCUGAUCAAUAAGAAUGAUGAAAUCUUGCAGCUGACCUUGGAGUUAGAGAUGCAAAAAAAUCUUAGCACCGCGAGCAUCAGCCAGCUUCAGUUAGAGAAUGCUCACUUGAAGGAGGACAUAGCAAAACUCAGCAUGAAGCAAAGUCAGAUCGUGGAUUACAGUGAAUCAUCAGUUUUGCAGUUUCCACAGGCCUUGCUUGAAGAGAAGAAUCAAGAAAUUGAUCAUUUGAAUGAGCAAGUUAUGAGACUCCAGCAUGAGCUGGAAAAUGCGACAGACAAUAAGGUUGUGGAAGAUCGAAAAUCUGAAAUUAAGGAACUUGAGUCACUUAUUGAGCAUCUUCGUGGUGAUCAGGAAAGGUUGCGUAAAGAUAAAGAAGAAGAGAUAGAUCAACUUCAUGGAGUAAUUGAGAAGCUUCAGAAAGAGUUGGCACAGCUUGGUCCUGUAUGUCAUGAAAUUAGUGACAGCCAGGAUGACCUUAAUGAUCUUGGAUUGGAAGACCAGGGGGAGAAUCUUCAGAAUGAAUUGAAGAAAGGGUCACUAGAUAUGAAGGAGGAUACAGAUCUGAAUAAGAAAAAUGUAUUGCUAGAUUCCAAAGUGAAAGAGCUUCAGGAGGAACUAGAACUUGUCUCAACUGCUAGAGAAGCUCUGCAGCAGCUACUUGAAGAGAAGGAAUCUCAAUUUAAAAUGGAGGUGGAAAUUUUGGAACAAAAUAUUCAAAAUGUACAGGAGUCUUCAAGGCAGCACUUCAAAGAGCUAACCUCUUUAAGAAUACAGUACGAAGCAUUUCAGGAGGAGUAUAACCUUAUAAGAACACACUUAUCUCAGAGAGAUGUUGAGGUGAGGAUGAUUUCCUCUCGGAUUCAAGAACUUGAAGAUACACUGAGAGCAAGAGAAGCAAAUCUUCUAGAGAGAGAUCUACAAAUCAAGACAAUGGCAGAGCAGAGAGUAGUGGAAACAACUGAAUUGCAUCACCUAAUGGAAAAGGUUGCGGAGCUUGAAGCUGAGCUGGAAAAAAGAGAUGACUAUCAAAGCCAGGCUAUAGAAGUUCAGUCCCUUCAAUCAGAAGUUUCCAGGCUUGGCUUAACAGUCCAAACACUGAAUCAGAAAGUAGUAGUUUACCAGAAAGAAAUGGAUGAACUUCAACUGAAUGAUACAAAACUGAAACAUCACAUCCAGGAGUAUUUGCAACAAAUUGAAGCCCUACUGUCUGAAAGAGAUGAACUUUAUACACAGCUAGAAUCCUAUAAGGAGAAAGAGCAAAGUAAUAAUCAGGAAGCUAAACUUCCUAAGCUGGUCUCGGAACAAGAAAGAGAAGUUCUUAUUCAUACAAAAGGAAUGGAAAGACUGGAAGAAGAUUGGAGAGCAAAUGUUGACCAGUCAUUUGCAGCCACAGUUUCCCAAAAUAAUAAAUUGAUCUUAAUAGAGGAACAGUUAGACAUGGCAAACCCUUUACAGAAUGAAGAUGAUCUAAUUGCAAAAAUGACAUCUCAUCAAGAAGAACUUAAAUCUGAAUUACCCUGGGUAACAGAGGACUUGGAAGUUAGUGAAGAGAGACCUGGUAGCACUCUGGAGGAUGUAAAGGAGAAAGAUGCUGAAUUGCCAGUUCUCAGCAGAAAUCUGAAAACUCAAGUCAAACAAUUGCAAGAGACACUCUUGAUUCAGGAAGAAGAGAUGACAAAUAAGGCAGAAGAGCUUCAAGGUCUGAAAAAGCAUUGUCAGCAAAUAUUGGGAUUUCAUCAAACACCAAACCCUCUGAAAUGCAAUUAUUCAAAAAAACAAGAGCAUAUUAAGGAGAUGCCCAAAAAUUUUAAAGAUUUAAUCACGGAUGUGACUUUGUGGGACUCACCUGAGAUUGUGAGAAAGGAGGAUACUAGCACAGACCUUCAACUAACUCUUCACUUAACACCCUUCUCUGAAGUUGAUAGUAUACACAGUGUGGACUUAGAAACAAUGCACACCAAAUCAUCCGCUGUACAGGGAGAUACCUCUGGACUGUUGGGAUAUCCCAAGCUAUCUGCAUACAGCAAUGAGGAAACAACAGACAAACUAGAUUUAAAGUCUCCAUGUUUCUCUGAAAGCACUUAUUCCAUUGCUGAGUACCAGGAUAUGGAAAAGAGGAUUUUGGUGAGAGAAGUCGACAACUUAACUUUAACCCCAUCUGAUUCACAAGAUGAUGUGAGAUCAACAGUGUCUGGCCUAGAGCGAGCAAGUAAUGGAUAUAGCAGCAACUCCAGUUCAGAUUUGGCAGCUAAACUAAAUCAGGAAUUAGAAACAACUGAGCAUCUGGAUGCAAGUGUCUUGGCUUAUCUGCAGUAUUGUGGAAUGUUUCCAGAUGGAAUGGACUCGGUGAAAGAAAAAGAAAUACUUUCACCGCAACUAAAGACUGUGCUGAAAAUGGUGUAUGAAGAGAGUCGCAAAAUAUUGGCUUUGUCAGAAUAUCCAUUUGUUCUGAGGGAUCCAAAGAGUGUUCAGCAGCCGACAGCAGCAGAGGGAUGGCAAAAAGAGGGUCUCACCUUAUUGGAUGCAAUACAGUCACUAAAAGAUUAUCUUAGUAAGAUGACAGAUAAAGGAGACAAGGAAUAUUCAGAUGCUUGUCUUGACUGGAGAGGUGAACUUCUCCAAGCUGUUCAGAGCGUAUUGGAGAAAGAGCGCAACAUGUUGCAAAUUGACUUGCAGUCGCAUCUCUGCAAUCCUGGGUCUGGAGAUAAAGGUUCAUUGGUGGAAAAGCUGGAGCAUAUUAUGAAACAACAAGAAGAACAGCAGCAGCUAGUCUUAGAGCACCUUUUAUCUUCUGAUAGGAGCAGCUUACUUUCUGAAAUACAGGACCUUCGAGCACAACUACGAAUGACACAUCUUCAAAACCAGGAGAAGCUACAGCAGCUACAGGAAACCAUUACUAAUGCAGAGGAUCGGGGGAGUAAACAAGAACAUCAACUUCGGAGGAAGGUUGAAUUACUAGAAUACAAGAUUCAGCAGGAAAAAUCCAUAGCAAGUGAUUUACAGAAUACUCUCAGCAUUGAGCAGCAGAGGGCCUCUGAGAUGCGAGAACUCCAGAAGCAGGAACAGACUGCAGCAUCAAACUUGAAAUCAGAACUUUAUGAAAGCAAGUUAGAGAAUGAAAACCUGCAAAAGUCCCUGCAAGACCUUCAGAGGGAAAUAAACCAGUUCCGCUCUGAACUGGAAAACAGAGAAAAAGAUCUGACAGGUGCACUCCAAGACUUGCAGAAUGAGCGCUUGAAAGAAAAGGAGCUACAAAAUGUGUUUGAGGAACAGCAACUUCAGCAUAAAAGAACAGCAGAUGAAAAGGCAAAAGAGUUGGAGGAGUUGCGAGCUACCUUGAAAUUGCAGUGCAUUCAGAAUAAUCAGCUGUCAGUGGCCUUAGAGCAUGAACAGACAGCAAAUGAUAAUCUCCGUAAAGAACUUCAAAUUGAACACUCGCGUUGUGAGGCUUUAUUGUCCCAGGAACGAACCAAACUGUCAGAACUUCAGAGAAAUUUGGAAGUUGAGAGAAAUCGUUCCUUGGAGCUUUUGAAUUCCUUGAACCAUGAGCGUAUUUUGACAGAACAGUUGAGCAUGAGAGCAAAAGAAGGUGUUUCAUGUCCUCAUAAAGAAUCAUUAUUGGAACAGACCUUUGUUCGAGAUCUGCAGGUUCAGUUGGAUGAAGAGAGGUCUCGAGCAAAAGAGCUAGCUGCUAUAAUUGAGAAAACGCAUCAGCAAGCCAUUCGUUCUAAGAGGCAACUAGAAGCUGAGGUACAAAUGUGUUGCGAAGAGACACAAAAAGAAAGAGAAAUCAGUAACAAGUUACGAGCUACACUGGAGUCUCUUCAAAGUCAAAAGCAGGAGGUGAUCCGCUCCUUAGAGGUGCAGAGGGAAAGAGAAGGAAAACUGAAAGCUGACUGGGAGGAAUUGCAGUCACAAUUUAAGGCAAUGAGAGAACAGGAGAAAAACAAAAAAGAAGAGAGGGAUAAAGAGAGAAGAUGGGAGCAACAAUCAGAAGUGGAGAAACAGAAGGAAUGGCAGAAAGACAGAGAGAGGCUGCAUGAAUUGGAAUUGCAACACCAGAAAGAUGAAUGCAGGAUCAAGCAGCUGCAGCAGACACUAGCUGACUUAGAAGAACAAGAAAGAAAGCUUACUUCUCAGAAAAGUCAUCAAGAGGUUUCUGGUCCCAUAAAAAAUGAUUGCAACAUCAAACUGGCCUUCACAACAGAGACGGAAACAUUGCACUUGCGGCAGCAGCUGGAGAAGAUAAGACAACAGUUGCUGUUUGUGGCUGUCCAUCUAAAUGAAUUCAUAUAUAAAACUGUAGAUAAAACAGUUACUGAUUGGUCUGCAUCAAAUAAUGAGGCUAUUGCAUCUUUACUUCACACUUUGAAGGAGCUGAAAUCAGAGUUAUUGACCUCUCCCACCCAUCUGAACCCAUCACAGGAUCCAGUUUCUCUGGUAGAUGUCUUGUUGAAAGAAAAUGGCGAACUUACAAAGUCUGUAACAGCAAUGACAGAUGAGAAGCUAGAGUUAAAAGCUGCAGUUUCUCGACUUGAGAAGAAACUUCAGCAGCACCUACAUAGGGGAAAUGGCAAUGGACAGAUCAGGUCUAUGGAGGAUGCUGACCCUGUCCAGGGACUGGAAAGGGCUGCUUGGCAGCGAGAAAAAACUGUUUUGCAGAAUGCUUUGAAACAAGCAGAAUCUGAACUGGCGAAAAAUACAAUUGAAAUUGAAAACAAACCAGUUAUGGAAGCUUCCAAUGCAAAGCUACAGAGGCUGUAUAAGAAGUAUUUGCGAUCUGAGAGCUUUAGAAAGGCUCUAGUUUAUCAGAAGAAAUAUCUUCUUCUGCUUCUGGGUGGAUUCCAGGACUGUGAGCAAGCAACAUUAUCCCUGAUAGCACGUAUGGGAGUCUUCCCUUCACCUGCAGAUUUGCAGGUCUCUGAAUCACGCUCCCGUCCUUUUACCAAGUUUCGAUCUGCAGUCAGAGUGGUCAUUGCAAUAUCAAGGUUAAAGUUUUUAGUGAAAAAAUGGAAUAAAAUAAACAGAAAAGGUAUACAGGGAGAAGUCAUUUCUCAUGGCACAGGGCAUAACUCAGUUUCUGGUGCUAGAACAGAAGUUUUGAGACAGCAGCUUCCAACAGCUAACACAAAUUCUCCUCCAACCCGAGAUACUGGAUUGUGCCACAAAACUAGCUCUGCGAGAUGCAUAAGCCAAUCCCACAGAUCCUCUUCCUGGUUAUGUAAUAGGUCUCAUCCAUCUACAAGUUCAGUUUCAGAGAAGUCAUUGGUAUCAUCUACUCAAGACCCUGAACGAUCAUUAAGUGAAUACAUCCGUCGUUUAGAGGUCAUCCAGCAGAGAUUAGGGGGUGUGCAGCCAGAGACCAGAAUUGGACAUGGUAUUCCUUUGGGAGAGUCUCACUGCCACAUGCAGAGGAAAAGCUCCAGAUUCACCUCACCGGAGAAGCAUUAAAAAAUUAUGAGAACACUUCCUAGAUCUGAACUGUGAAACCCCUGGUUACUACUUCCUCCUGAAGUGCAUGGUUUUGUUCACUGGUAUCUCAGUGCACUAAUUUUGACAGUCAGUUGUAACUGAAUAAAGGCCUAUGCAAUGUUUUUGCAUCAGAUUUUUAUGUGACCAUUUUACUAACUUUUAGUACAUUUAAACUUUUAGGGGAAGUCGCUAUUCACUCAGAACAAUGUUGUACAUUCUUAUAUGGAAUAAUUGCUAAGUUAACAGCAUAUGCAUGCCGGUAUCAUGGUAUUGUGAGCCACAAAGUAUCUUUUUAUGUUUAUUUUUCUAAAGUGUAUAGGUGGAUUCCGUGUAAAAAGUUAUUAAAAUGGCAUUUUAUUAGUGAACUUU